UACGCACCCCACGGCCGCAUUACGGACAUGACGUCAACGCGCUGCAAUUCAAACUUCAGGAAACGAAAGCGUUCGGUUUGAAAACGGUCUUGUUGUUACCGACUAGUUUCUGUGAAUAUCUUCUGUUCGCUUUUACCGUUAUUUUCUCAGCACCAACAAAGCAGCCAUGACAUCUAAAGGUGCGAAAGAGACCAUCGUCACCAGGUUGGGUUUCAAAUCCAGCAGCUCUGCCUCCAAGGCCGAGGCGGAGCUGGAGAGACUCAGGAAGGAGAACGCUCACCUCAGGAGAAAGAUUGAUGAUCUGGCCAAACGGCACAUCAAACCACCUGACUCAGACAAGAGCAAGCUGCUGGAGAGGAUUCUUUCCCUUGAGACGCUGCGAGAGAGGAACAAUCAGCAGAUGCUUGUUAAAGAGCAGGAACUAGAAACACUGAGACAGCAGCUGACAGCCAAAGGAGGAGAGGUGGUAGCAUCACUGCAGGCCCAGCUGGAGCAGCGGAGGAAGGAGGCUGAGCAGAGAGACAUUUUGUUCCAGAGUCUGUCUCAGGAGACGGAGAACCUGAAAAACCAGCUGGUGACUGUUUCUACCAGGUGCCAGACCCUGGAAGCACAGGUGGUGAAUGGACAAGUACCGCCGGCAGACUUGGCUUUGCUACAAGAUCAACUGAAAGACGCUCUUGAGAAGAACCAGCAGUGGCUGACGUACGACCAGCAGAGAGAGGCCUACGUCCAGUCCGUCCUUUCCCGCACGAUGGAGCUGGAGCAGCAGCUGGCCCAGGCGAAGCAGCAACAAACCAAGCAAGAGGACGCUUCAGAUGCUCCUGGCAACUCGGCAACUCUGGAAAAGGAUGUUCAACUGAAAAGUCACUAUGACAAGAUGCUGUUGGAGGCACAGAAAGACCUGGAUAGCCGGAAAGAUCAGGUCGCCAGAAUCCAGCAGGAGCUCGUUGAGCAGAAGGAGCAGACCUUAAACGCUCAGGCUGAGCUGCGGUCUCAGAAGGACCAGGUCUCCAGGCUCCAGGAGGAGAUCUCGGCACUGCAGAGGAGGCAUGACGAUAAGUGCGGCGAGCUGUCGUCCUUUCUAAUGAAGUACAAAGAGAAGAGCAACGAACUGGACGAGGUCAAGAUGCAGCUGCAGGCAGAGCGAUUCAGCAACAGGCAUGUGGUGUCUGAGGAGAGAAAAGCGUCAUCUGAGCGGGCAGACCGGAUGAGAGUGGAACUGGAGAGUGUGGACAUCAGACUGGAGGAGGAGAGGAAGAGAUCAGCUGAACUUCUACUGCAGGUAAAUAUGCUGCAGAAGUCCCUUCUGAGCCAAAAUGAAGAACAGAGGAGAAUCGCAGCGCUGGAACAACAGAAUAAAAAGUUCUGUGACUUUGUGGACAAACAGACUGGAUACAAGACUAAGGGCGUUCUCACGUUCCCUGUGCUGGCUGAAAAAGAGUGCCUUGGAGUCGUCAUGGCACUGAACAAAAUAGGAGCCGAUACCUUCUCUGCAGAGGAUGAGGCACUCUUCCACAAGUACAUGAACUUUGCCCAAGCAAUCAUCCUGCAGCAUUACACAGCGUACAUGUGGAAUGUGGAGUCCCGAAGGAGUCAGGUGCUGCUCUGGUCGGCCAGUAAAGUGUUUGAGGAGUUGACAGACAUUGAGAGACAGUUCCACAAAGCGCUCUACACUGUAAGGACCUAUCUACAAUGUGAACGAUACUCUGUGGGUCUGCUGGACAUGACUAAAGAAAAGGAAUUUUAUGAUGAAUGGCCGGUGAAACUGGGAGACGUGGAACCCUAUAAAGGACCAAAAACGCCAGACGGCAGGGAAAUUAUCUUUUACAAGAUCAUUGACUACCUCCUGGAAGGCAAAGAAGAAAUCAAAGUCAUACCAGGUCCACCUGCAGAUCACUGGGCUCUAGUCAGCGGACUACCGACCUACGUCGCAGAGAAUGGCUUUAUUUGCAACAUGAUGAACGUGGUCGCAGAUGAUUUCUUCACCUUCCAGAAAGAGGCUGCGGACGAGACAGGUUUUAUCAUCAAGAACGUCUUGUCGCUGCCCAUUGUCAACAAGAAGGAAGAAAUUGUGGGCGUCGCCACUUUCUUCAACAGGAAAGACGGCAAACCUUUUGAUGAGCACGACGAGCAGAUCACUGAGGCCCUGACACAGUUCUUGGGUUGGUCGGUGCUGAACUGCGACACUUACGACAAGCUGAACCGCAUGGAGUACAGGAAAGAAAUCGCUCAGGAGAUGCUCAUGUACCAGACCAGAUGCACUAAAGACGAGCUGCAGUCCAUUCUGAACACCAUAGAGAAAUUCGACGCAGAGGCUGAAGAUUGCGACCAGAAAGAAAUGUACAAACUAUUGAAAGCAACAUGUCCGCCAGCUGACAAUGUCAAUGGAGAGAAUCUGUACCUGUUCUCCUUCAGCGACUUUCCAGUCUCGGAAUUUGACCUCAUCAAAGCCGGCAUUCGCAUGUUCUUUGAGCUCGGAGUUGUUGAGAAGUUUAAAGUUCCCGCCGAGACGCUGACCAGAUGGAUGUACACAGUGAGGAAGGGUUACCGUGCCAUCACCUACCACAACUGGAGGCACGGCUUCAACGUGGGCCACACCAUGUUCUGCCUGCUGCAGACAGGGAGACUGAGGAAGUACUACUCUGAUCUAGAUGCCUUUGCCAUGGUGGCUGCUGCUUUCUGCCACGAUAUCGACCACAGAGGGACCAACAACCUCUACCAGACAAAGAGUGCACAUCCUCUGGCUAAACUUCACGGCUCCUCCAUCAUGGAGAGGCACCAUUUGGAGUACAGCAAAACGCUCAUGGCUGAGGAGACCUUGAACAUCUUCUGCAACCUCCAGAAGCGCCAGUUUGAGCAUGUCCAGCACUUGUUUGACGUCUGCAUCAUCGCCACUGAUCUGGCUCUGUACUUCAAAAAGAGAACCAUGUUCCAAAACAUUGUGAAUGCCACAGAGCCAAUGGCAGAGGAAAAGGAGGCCAUUGCCUAUGUUUCCAACAACCCCACUAGGAAGGAAAUUGUCAUGGCCAUGAUGAUGACAGGCUGCGACUUGUCAGCUAUCACCAAACCCUGGGAGGUACAGAGCAAGGUGGCUCUGAUGGUUGCUGCUGAAUUCUGGGAACAAGGAGAUUUGGAGAGAAACGUUUUGGACCAACAGCCAAUUCCCAUGAUGGACAGAAACUGUGCCGAACAGCUACCCAAGAUGCAGUGUGGUUUCAUCGACUUUGUGUGCUCCUUUGUGUACAAGGAGUUCUCCAGGUUCCACAAAGAGAUCCAGCCCAUGUUUGAUGGUCUGAACAACAACAGAGCACACUGGAACGAGCUGGCCGAGGUAUACAAUGCAAAGAUGAAGGCCAUUGAGGAUGAGAAGAAGAAACUGGAAGAAGAGGAAGCCAAGAAAACUGGAGGAGAUGGAGGGAAGUCAAAAACCUGCAGCAUCUGCUAAAUUCCUCUGGUGCUUCUGGAUCUGGAUUGAAGAGGUCUGGUUAUUACUAACCUAGGCUACGCUAGCCUAGCCUUCUGCUCUCACAGCUAGUCUAGUUGGAGCUCGACCAGGAUAGCUUGGUCUGGAUUGAUCUACAUCAGCGUAGUUCUCUCUCUGGUUAGGUGCUGUCCGCUCUGGUGCAGUCCAGCCCUGUUGGAUCUGGCCUGGUUGAGUCUAGCCUAACUUUAGUCUAGUGUAGUGAGGAUCUGGUCUACGGUCCAGCCUAACUAUCCUCCAAGGAGGGAAGAGUCAGAAACAUCAUCGAGAAGUAAUGCUGGGACUCUGACUGCAAGAGAAGCCGUGUGACUCAGAAGACAUGAUGUGUUUGAAACUUCUUCUGCCAUGAACAUUUGAAAACCAACAUACACAUGGACAACAGACAGAGUAUUUCCCCUUGGCAUAGCAAUAGUUUAAACUUUUCUGACAUGUAUGGUUUGAAACCAAAUGUACCAAGUCAAGCAGUGAAGUACAAAUACAUACAGGAUCUGUUAAUGUCGCUUAGGAAACCUUGAAGCUCAGAUGGUACAGCGAGUGAUGACGCUCAGUCAAACAAAGUCUGAUGUUCUUUUACCUCAAAGGGCAUGGAUGAGUUGUGUGAGGGUAUAUUUAUUUUAAUAUGCAAUCUAUCUAUAUACGUAUAUAUUUUUUUGAAUCUUUGAGAAUUUUGUACCUGGGACUGUCAUGGAUUAGAGUUUGAGAUGAGCUUUAAGAGCGGGAGUCGUUAAUCUAGAAAAUAUGAAAACGUCGUCAGCUUUGAAAAACGCCACUCAGCUGUUUUCGGAAUUGCAAGCAAACUGGAAAAAAAAACAACUAAAGGUAAUAACUAUUUACACCAAUGUUUAGAGCAAAAUUGCAAUUCCGUAUCAAUUCAAAAGAUCUUAAUUUAAACAUGCAUGAUUUCGCAUGUAUAUAGUUAAAAUAGAAAUGUAAAAAAAUGUAAAAUGUAAAUUGUGUAAACUUAAGAAUAUCUGAAGCAUAGAACUGAUCUGACGGAUGUACAGUGAAAGCAACCUUUGUUUCUUCUAAGGAGGCGAGGGUCGGAGUCAGUCAAACAGGGCGCAGUAGAUCUACCUCUCCUGUAAGAAGAUUUGAUAGGAUUUGAUUUGAUUGCCAGCCAGCAUUUGAGAUCCACACAGCUUUGGACUUUAAAUACCCCUUCUUACAGAAGAGGUAACGCGAGCUACCAAAGCCAUGUGUGUGCAGGCGACUUGUAUUUAAAAUGUGGCAGAUGCAGCUAGAGCAUUACUGAUUGCGUGGUGGGUGCAGGCUUCGUUCUUUUGUGAUUCAUCACAGUGUGAUGAAUCUUGCAACAGCUGACUGUUUGAUGUCAACUCAGUGCGAGUCUCCUCUAAGUGUAAAUCUAAAUUGAACUUGAUCUGGUCAGGCAUUUGAGCUGACAACACACCAUCCCUUUCCCACCCUUCCCAGUGAACUACCAGAAACACUUUUAGCAGUGUCCCUCGUGGGUGCAAAGGCAGGCUCUCAACUUCCUGUUACACAACAGCAUCUCCUCUAAUCAACAGGGCAUCAAUCAAAGGCACUUAAUCCCAUCAGAGUGGCUUUGGGACUACCUGGAAACUCCUUUUCUGCUGCUUGAGGUAAAGCGAGGAGUUGUUGUGAUUACUGGAGCCAAAACUGUCCAAAACCAACAUUUACUGAAUCAACCCCAGACAGAUGUAUUUCAGUUAUUUAAUCAUGAAUUUCACUCCAUUGUGCUACAGAUAUUUUACAUGGAUGGUUACACCAUCAGUUCUGUCUCCAGUGAUUAAAAAAAGAGCGCCCCACUGCAUUCCCUUCAAGUAUCCUCUAUGAAAUAUCAAUGCACUGUACACUUUCUCCGUAUCCCAUCAGCUGUCAUUCUGACAUUAGAAAUUUGACAUAUGAAAUGACUUCUACUGUAUGUAUGUGUCAUGAGAUGUAAUAUGUGUAAGUAAAUAAAGGAAUUUAUGAAGGUGUAAGAAGAGAGAGAAUCACUUUUUGUCAGUUAGUAAAGCACCUCUUAUUCACGCUUGGCUCAUGCACAUGAAGGUUAGACAGAGACAUAGAAUAAACUCUUAAAAUGAAACCUCGGGCUUAGUUGUGACGGCUCUCGUUCUUAGUCAUAUAUCGU